AUGGAGUUCCCUAACCCAGCUCUCAUUGGUGGUGCAGCCGACAUCCCUGUUAACUCUGCCACUCCCAUCUUCGCCUUUUCUCCCGUCACUCUUCCCGCCAAAGACCGCAGAGUCGAUCUGGAUAUCAAAGUCACAGCUCCCGCUACCGGCGAAAAUCUUCCCAUAAUUCUUCUCUCCCAUGGCCAUGGUCCCAGCAAUUACCUUUCCUCCCUCAAGGCUUACGGACCUCUCGUCGACUGGUGGGCAAGCCAUGGUUUUGUCGUCAUUCAGCCUACACACUUGAGCUCUCGACAACUUGCUUUUGAGCUUAAUUCUGAGAGUAUCAGAGAACUCUUUAUGGACGAGCGUGUCAAGGACAUGGUUCGAAUUCUUGACAGUCUCGACACUAUUGAGGAGACUGUCCCUCUUCUCAAAGGCCGACUUGAUAGGUCAAAGAUUGCUAUUGCUGGUCACUCUCUUGGAUCAUUGACUGCUAGUAUUCUUAUGGGCGCAAUCAACACUGAUCCUCGGGAUGGUACCAAGCAACAAACAGCCGACAAGCGCAUCAAGGCCGGCGUUGUCUUCGGCGCUGUUGGUAGCGGCGGUGAUGACCUAUCUGAAUCUGGACACAACAUGCUCUCCUUCUUUGACCCCAAGUUUGAUACCAUGACCGCCCCCUCCCUCGUCGUCUGGGGUGACCAAGACAUUAGCCCUCACCUGACCAGCAGGGGAGCCGAUUGGCACCAGGACCCUUACCUGCUGUCCCCAAGCCCCAAGGCGUCGUUCAAGAUCACAGGAGGAAAGCAUGGCUUUGGCGGUAUCAGCGGCUGGGAUGCUCUGGAGUGUCAGGACGAGAGUCCUGAAAGGCUGGCGGCUGUUCAGCGGGUGAGUUGGGCUUAUCUGAGAAGCCAGUUGUACCCAGAGGAUGAUUCGUGGAAGAAGGCUCAGAAGGUUAUUGGGGAGCAUGCGGGAAUUGGAAGUAUUGAAGAGAAGUAA